AGCCCGGCGGCCGGAGCCCUGUGGUGGCUGCUCUCCUUGGACCGCGUCUUCGGCCUGAGACCCUCCGAAGCCGAGCACCAUGAACCGCAGCCGGCAGGUGACGUGCGUGGCCUGGGUCCGCUGCGGCGUGGCCAAAGAGAUGCCGGACAAGGUAGAGCUAAGUAGAGAUGAAGUAAAGCGUCUCAUUGCUGAAGCGAAGGAAAAAUUACAAGAAGAAGGUGGCAGCGAGGAGGAGGAGGUAGGCAGUCCUCCUGGAGAUGGCAUGCAGAGUGCCCGCACGCAGGCGCGGCCACGGGAGUCCCUGGAGGAUGGCGGUCCGGAGGACGACCGCACACUGGAUGACGAUGAGCUGGCUGAGUACGACUUGGAUAGAUACGAUGAGGACGAGGACCCUGAUGCAGAGACUCUUGGUGAAUCUCUCCUGGGUCUUACCGUCUAUGGAAGUAAUGAUCAGGAUCCUUAUGUCACCCUGAAAGACACGGAACAAUAUGAACGUGACGAUUUCUUGAUUAAGCCCAGUGAUAAUCUCAUAGUUUGUGGCCGAGCUGAACAGGAGCAGUGCAAUUUAGAGGUGCAUGUUUAUAACCAAGAAGAAGACUCUUUUUAUGUACACCAUGAUAUUCUCCUGUCUGCAUAUCCUUUGAGUCUGGAAUGGCUGAAUUUUGAUCCUAGCCCAGAUGAUUCUACAGGAAACUACAUUGCUGUGGGAAACAUGACCCCAGUCAUCGAAGUGUGGGACCUGGAUAUCGUGGACUCCUUAGAACCCGUCUUCACACUGGGAAAGAAGCUGUCCAAAAAGAAGAAGAAGAAAGGAAAGAAGAGCUCCUCAGCGGAAGGGCAUACUGAUGCUGUCCUCAACCUUUCAUGGAACAAGCUAAUCAGGAACGUGCUGGCGAGUGCGUCCGCUGACAGCACUGUAGUCCUGUGGGAUAUGUCCGUGGGGAAGCCAGCGGCCAGCCUCGCCGUGCACACAGACAAGGUCCAGACUCUGCAGUUUCAUCCAUUCGAAGCACAGACGCUGAUUUCUGGAUCCUAUGAUAAGUCAGUGGCCCUGUACGACUGCCGGAAUCCCGACGGAAGCCAUCGGAUGUGGCGCUUCAGCGGACAGAUCGAGAGAGUCACCUGGAACCACUUCUCCCCUUGCCACUUUUUGGCUAGUACGGAUGACGGCUUUGUAUAUAAUUUGGAUGCCCGCUCGGAUAAGCCAGUUUUUACCCUUAACGCACACAAUGAUGAAAUCUCUGGUCUGGAUCUGAGCAGUCAGAUCAAGGGCUGCCUGGUGACCGCCUCAGCAGACAAGUACGUGAAGAUCUGGGACAUCUUAGGAGACAGGCCGAGCCUCGUGCAUUCCCGGGACAUGAAAAUGGGAGUGCUCUUCUGCUCUUCGUGUUGCCCCGACCUGCCCUUUAUUUAUGCCUUUGGAGGUCAGAAAGAGGGCCUUCGGGUCUGGGACAUCAGCACCGUGUCAUCAGUAAAUGAAGCGUUCGGCCGGCGUGAGAGGCUUGUUCUCGGCAGCUCGCGAAGCUCGUCCAUUAGUGGGCCUUUUGGAAGCCGGAGCUCGGAGACACCAAUGGAGUCUUAAUGAAGACACAAGGCCCUUCUCGUUUGCUCACCGUGGCACUGGCCUGACCCUGUGCCACAUAUGGCUCCAGCCAGGCAGAGGGACGGGAAGCAAAGUCCUUUCUACCGCCUGGCGUUGCUCCGCGGGGGAACGCGACCAUACAGAGCUGGUCUUUGUGCCUCUGCCUGAGUGGCGUAUAGAGGGCUUGGUGGAUUUCUUGAAGACACCAAUAAAAAGAAUUCCUCUGUCACGGGAA